AGACUAGACAGUAGUACACCUAAAAAACAAACAAGAAAAAAGCGUAAAAAACAACCUCUUUCUUUUUCUUAGAAAGUCAUAGCAGUCACCAGGAUCUUGAGUUUCUGAUUUCUUCUUGAUUUGAUGAAAUCCAUGGGGUUUUCCAGUGAUGAUGUUGUAUUAAUCGAGAAGGGUAAUAAACCAGAGGAACCUUAUGUAAUUACUGUUAAUUGUCCAGACAAAACUGGACUUGGUUGUGAUCUCUGUCGAAUAAUUCUUGAUUUUGGCCUCUCAAUCAGCAAAGGAGAUGUUUCAACAGAUGGAAAAUGGUGCUAUGUAGUGUUAUGGGUUAUUCCACAUUCAUUUUCAAGUAAUAUAAGAUGGGCAAGUUUGAAAGAUCAAUUAGUAUCUGUGUGUCCAUCAAAUUCAGCUUCGUUUUAUUUCAAUCAACAAUCAGAUAGCAAAUCGUCAUCUUCUCCGCUGGUGUACUUGUUAAAAUUCUGCUGCCUUGACAGGAAAGGACUGUUACAUGAUGUUACAAAGGUUCUUUGUGAGCUUGAGCUAACAAUUCAAAGAGUAAAAGUGAUGACAACCCCUGAUGACAAAGUCAUGGAUAUGUUCUUUGUUACAGAUAACUUGGAGCUUUUACACACAAAAAAGAGGCGAGAGGAUACAUGUCGGAGCUUAUAUGCCAUUUUAGGAGAUUCGUGCAUCAGCUGUGAUCUUCAGCUGUCAGGUCCUGAAUAUGAAGCUCUCCAACAAGGGAUGUCUUCUCCUCCACCCACUGUUGCAGAGGAGUUGUUCUGCUGUGAGCUUUCAGAAAAGGAAAAUCUUUCACAUGCUCUAACCCCAGAUCUGAACAAACUAAAAUCACCAAGUGUUACGAUUGACAAUUCCUUGAGUCCAGCUCAUACACUGCUUCAAAUUCACUGUGUUGAUCAAAAGGGUCUGCUUUAUGACAUUAUGAGAACCCUGAAAGACUGCAAUAUUCAGAUAGCUUAUGGCCGGUUCUCAUCCAUCACCAAGGGUUUCCGAGAUGUUGACCUAUUUAUUCAACAAAAGGAUGGAAAAAAGCUUCUAGAUUCCGAGAAGCAAAGCUCUCUUUGUUUCCGUCUAAAGGUGGAGAUGCUUCACCCCUUGCGAGUAAUUAUUUCCAACCGCGGCCCUGACACCGAGCUGCUUGUUGCUAAUCCAGUGGAGAUUUGUGGAAAGGGAAGACCACGCGUCUUCUAUGAUGUCACCCUUGCCUUAAAGGUUCUUGGUAUCUGCAUUUUCUCGGCUGAGAUUGGGAGAAAUUUGACAUCUGAUCGUCAAUGGGAAGUCUACAGGUUCCUUCUAGAUGAAAGCCAUGAGUUUCCGCUUACAAAUAAUCGAGCUAAAAACCAGAUUGUGGACAAAGUAAGAAGAACACUGAUGGGGUGGUGAGUUAUUUCAUUCACUUGUAAAUUUCUGGGGAGUUUUUCCUGUUGCACUGGAUGUUUGGUUCCCUUGUGUAAAAUAUGUACAGUUAAUGAGUGUAAUCUUACCUCCAUGUUAUCUAAUUCAAUGCGGUUUGCAUUCUUUUGUAAUUGGUUC